UGUGCGAUUAAAGUAAUUGUGUAAGCAAUUGUGGUGCGGUGUAGGAAGAUAUUUGUUUUGAUAAGAUACAGGUGACGGAUGUAUUUGUCAGUGUUAUGUGUUCAAGCAGUGAUUGUGUAAAGAAGUAAGAGAGACUGCCUGCAAAUGACAUGCUUUCAAAUAAGAGUUUCCUAUGGAUGUUGAAAAGCCGUACAAGGAGGGAUUUUUGUUGUUCCCUCCUCAAGGAGUCUUGGGACAGCUCAAGAAAACUUGGCACAAGAAGUAUUGCCAGCUAUUCAGGGCUAGCAAACAUGGGAUAGAAAGACUUGAAGUAUUUGACAGUGAGGAAGAUGUUACGAAGAAUUUGUCUGAUCGAAUUAUUACUCUUGAAAAUUGUGUGAAAAUUACACAAGAUGUACAGAAGCACCACCCCAAUAGUUUCAUUGUUGUUACGAAGACUGUUACAUACCAUUUUGCAGCUGUCAAUGAAAGUGAAAUGAUGCUGUGGUUAUCUGCAUUCCAGUCGGUUGCAUUCAAGGAUGAUUGCUCGAAACAAACAAUUGAAGAACAUAAUGAUCUUUAUGAUUCAUCUGGAGAAGGUGUUUUUACUGUGUGGUUAGUUCCAUCUGAAGCCAGUGAAAGGUGUGGUUUGGAACCAGGUGUAUAUACACUUGUAGUUGGCUCUGCUGUGAUCCAGCUUCGGAGUAGCACAGACAACAGUAUUCUCUUCACAUGGCCCUACCGUUACAUCAGGCGGUAUGGCUAUCGUGAAGGGAAGUUCAUAUUUGAGGCUGGCAGAAAAUGUGAUUCUGGAGAAGGCACAUUCACAUUGCAGCAUUCUAAUCAGCAAGAGAUAUUUCGUUGCCUUUCCUCCAAAAUGAAAAGUAUGCGGAAAUUGCUAUCUGGUGAAACUCCUGUAAGCCCUGUGAUAAUGUGUGGUGACAAUCAGUUCCAAGCAGCCCUGAGUAUGGAGGCACGUUCUCGUAGCCCCCUUCCCCCAUCUCCAACAAGUGCGACUCUUUUUGAUACAGAUUUUAGCACAAUUUCACAACCUUCCAGCAAAUUUCUUGGCACUGUUGUUGCAGAAAAUGAACAUUUUGUUGUAAAUAGUUUUUCACAUACCAGCAGACCAAAGCCAAAGCCUGUAAAACCUCCCCGCAAACAAAUUCAAUCUGUAGAAAAUAUUUCAACAGAAAAUGAAUCCAUCUCUACUGAAUCUUUAAGCUCUGGUCGUUUCAAAGCUUCUAAAGGAAGCAGCCUGUCGCCAACAACCCCGGUGCUUGUGACUCCUACAGAUAGUGCACAAGAUUAUGAUGAUGUGGAGGUUCGAAAAGAUGCUUGGCGAACCCUAGGUGUUGAUGACGUACGACAUACAGAAAACCAAUGCAGUGAUGAAGAAGACAGGCCUGCUCAGUUUUCCACUGCUUCAACUGUUCAGGUUGCUGAACAAAGUCCAAUGCCACAGUGUUCAAAAAUUCUAGCUACACAGAUUUCCAUGAAGUCUGACAACAGUGAAGACUAUGAUAAAUUGCAGCACUUCCGCCCACCACCUAAGCCAACUGCUGGAGGCUAUAGCCAUGUGCCUGUGCCUUCUGCUACUUCUCAAAUACAACUUCCUCCUGCUCCAGAGGAAUCUCCAACUAGCUUUAAUGACUAUGAAUUAUGUGAAAAAAUACAAGCUUGUAGGUUAGCAGAUGAUUCUCAUUAUGGCUAUGGUAUGAUCCGUAAAAAAUCAGUACCAACUGAUAACUCUUUAUCUGGACCUGAACAUCAAUUUUACAAUGACCAGGAAUAUGCUGUUGUGCAAAAACCAAAAAAAGUCUAGUCCCUUUUGCAUGUGAUAUUAAUUAUAAACAUUGAAUUGUGAUCAUUUCAUGUCCAUAGAUAGCAAUCUAUCUUCAAACUAAACAUAAAAUCUUUUUACUCAUUUAUAGUAUUCAUUAAAUUCAUUCAUUUUUAGAUAAACUUUGUAAAAUGAAAGUUGUUCACUGAUUACCAGGUGAUUCAUCAUAUUUAUAUGUUUUAGAGGAACUUUUGUAAAUGUGGAUAAGUAAUUGUUGCUGAUUGAGUGGUGUUAGCCUUUCAUGUAUAAUCCUCAAUCAUAGCAAAUUAGAGAAUUUUUAAGCAUCUUUUAAGAGAGUGGACUAUUCUAAAUACAGAUGUUCUACUCCUUGAGUGACAUGCCAUGUUUGAAAUGCAAAUCUUGUUGCCCAAUCUUAGAGAAAUAGGUUAAUUUUGCACAACAGUUGAUGUUAACAUUCCCAUUUUCUGUAAGAAAUAACAUAAAGACUUGUGAGCUACUUGUUGAAGAUUUUAUUUACAUUUCAAGUUCAGUAUAUUGAGUCUGCUCAUAACAAUAUCACUCUAUAAAAGUAAUUACCAUUAUGGUCUACCAUUACAUAACUGAAUUUUGUAUCUGGUAGGCUUUUGAUAUUAAUAUUGAUUGUAAUAUAAAUGUUGAAUGUAUUUUAAGAGAAUAUUUAUUCAACUGCCGUUUACUGGGUACCAUUUGCCCAUAUGAAUAGACUGCAAACUUGGCUCAUGAGCUAUGUUUACCUGUAAGUAAUUAUAAGCAUUUAUGGGCAUACUAAAAAGCUGUUGCAACUUUAUUUUUUUCUAAAUUUUAUAUAUGUUCUAUGGAUUUUACCUGCAGAUCCAUAAAUAAUAUGUUUAUGUUGUAACUGAAAGUGUUGUCAGUAGGUUUAUUUUAUGUCCUUUGUUAAAUUUAAAUGUGUGUGAUACAUUAAAAACUAUUAUUUGUUGAAAAUUGUAAUUUAUGAAUGGGUUGAUGCAAGAGAGUAAUUUGUCCUAGUUAAAUAUGCAGUGUUAGUAUUUUGUGGAAUACAUGGCCAGUUUCCAAAAUUACUAAAAGCUAUUUAUAUGCAAAAUAGAGUGAGAUACUCACACUGGACCAGCACUUCUUAAUUUAGCUCUUGAGUACCAUUUCACAAAUCUCUCUUCUUAGCCAUACAUUGUGUUUUAAAAUGACUUGUGCAUUGAGUGACAUUGUCUUGGUGACCAAAUUGGUAGACUCUUUUCAUUUGUGUAGUGACUUCAUUGUUCACUGGGUUAGUAUUAUUUUUAUGGAGAGUCACACAAAUGAUUAGCAGGAGGCAACUGGAAUACUUAAUGUAGAGUACCUACUCAGUAGAACAUUGUACAAUAUUUUGACAACAAAUCUGGCUCCAUUGGAAUAUUGUUUGUAAAGUAAUCCAAGUCAGAUUUGCUCAAGAUUUGUAUAAAGCACUUGUUACAGUUAGGAAAUUUCCAUUCAUUACAGCGUCAGCUGACGUAUUUAAGAUAAUGUAUGGAUGAAUCUGAGGAAUGUUCGCUGAUGAAGGUUUAGUAAUUUCUGCCUCUUUUUCGUGUCAGGAAGCUUGAAGUGGCUACUUAUCAUCCCAUUGAUUAUGUACCACCAGUUUAUAAACUGCUUCUUCUUCAUAUCCUUUGAUGGUUGUUUGUAAUCACUUUUUACCUAGCUUUCAGCUUGAGAGUGCUAUUAUGGUAUUGUAGUGAUAGCCAUCACUUAACAUGUUAUAACCUCUGCUUUGUCUUGGCUCACAUGAGAAUUGAUUUUCCUGGGCAUUCUAAAUGGACAACUUUCAAUCCUCGUAGCAGUUAACUUCAAGAAGAGAAAACACACUAAUUUUUACUUUGGCUAGUUAUUUUAUUUUAUGUGUAUACAAGUUGUACUGAUAGAAUCAAAUUAGAGUUUAAUUACCCACUCACUGUAAAU